GUCAAAGAUGCCUUUAUAUAAGUAGGUAGGUACUAUAAAACGACUAUUCUAUGAUAUCUAUUACCACAUGCCUCAAGUAUGGCACUAUUCAGAGCUUCAGAAUGUGGCAUUGUAUGCGCGAUCACUGUUUUCGGCUACAUUGUAAACGGUAUUCUCUGCCAGAGCAACAUUACUGAGCUGAUAUCAGAAAUAUUCCCCUCAUGCGUUUUGGGGGCUAACCAAAUCAACUAUAUCAUUUAUAACAGAAACAACCUAUCGAACGGUGUGACCGUCGAUUUGGAGUCCAACAGGUUACCAGUGGAAAGUGAUUUACCGGUAGUUUUUCUAGUUCACGGUUUCACUUCCGAAGCGAACAACUCGCGCUACCAAAAUCUGUGUCAAGCUUGGCUUAAAAAGUACGACGUUAACAUGAUUGCUGUUGAUUGGAAAGAAGGAGCAUGUUCCGGAGGGAUUUCGCUUACCCAGUAUCUGAGCUACCCCAAAUCCAUCGAGAACGCCUACGAAGUCGGAGCGAACAUCGCGCAGUUCAUCGCUAAACUUAUAAGGGACUACGGUAUUGCCUUGAAGAAUAUGCUCAUGGUUGGGCACAGUCUGGGCGCACACGUGGUUGGAUUUGCAGGGAAGGAGUUGCAGAGUAAUAAUAUUGGGACAAUUCCUCAGAUUAUUGCCCUGGACCCAGCAGGACCAGGUUUCUUGACCAGUCCGUGCUCGAACAGAGUUUGCAAGACGGACGCUGACUUUCUUCAGGUAUUUCACACCUCGGAUGUGGGCAUCAUCCGGCCUUUGGGAAACGACGAUUUUUACUAUAAUGGCGGGAUUUACCAGCCUGGAUGUUCAGUGACAAAUUUGUCUUGUUCACAUGGCAAAUCCGUCGACUACUUGACCUACUCAUUUGAGGAUUCUGGCUGCAAUUUAAUUGGCAGGAAGUGGGCCUGGUUCUUCGGUGUUCCUCCUAAGCCUGAGUGUUCCAACUCCACAUGCUCUGUGCCUGGAAUAUUUGCCUAUAAAUACCCGGCCAGAGGAGUGUUUUAUGUUGACACGACGAACCUGUCAUCAUCCUGCGAGACAAAUUUCCGAUGAAGAAACGUGGAACUCAACUCUUCGUUAACCUUGAUGAUCUGGCGAUGAUUCAACGAACGAUGUCACGAUGGGGGUUUUAAUAGUGUACCAAUAAUUUUAAAAUUGAAAUGAUCAACUAAGCUGCCGCAAUAUUUUCUUAAUCCUAAUCAAGAAAAUUCUAGAUUUCAAGGCUUUGUUUUGUUAUACAGCCAGAUUUGUAUUUAUUUUUCAUCACCUUCAAUUGAUUACUUUUCCAGAGUGCCUUUGAAAUUUUCUGUGUUUCCUGAAGUUUUUCAAUCUUGUGCAGAUCCGGAGUGGGGUAUUUCUUUCCGAAGUUUCAGUCGCUAUCUAUAGUUGAAAAUGACAGGUUAGUUUUGAUUCUAAUACAUUUUGUUAUUAUUUGAAUGGUUCGUGAGAUAUAGAUUCACAGAGAGUCACGAAAAUGGUUGGGUCUGACAUAAUUUCAUGCUGAGACUUUGGUCCAAGAAUUUAUUACAUCAUUCAGUAGCCGAAGCCUACUAUGCCGAUUUUUUAAUUGUAUGUUUUUACAGAGCACUGUAUAUUGGCUAAAAAUAGAAAUGAUAUCCAAGAUAUUUUAUCGAAACAUA